UUUGUCCACGUCUUUUCUGUCAUGGAGUCCUCUGUCUUGCUCGCCAUGGCCUUAGAUCGAGCACUACCCAUCUGCCGCCCUCUCCACUACCCAACGCUCCUCACCAACGAUGUCCUGAGCAAGAUUGGUGUGGCUAUCGCUUUCCGAUGCCUGGGUCUCCACCUGCCCCUGCCAUUCCUCCUGGCCCACAUGCCCUACUGCCACCCCCAGAUUCUGACCCAUUCUUACUGCCUGCACCCAGAUAUAGCCCAUUUGGCCUGCCCGGGAGCUUGGAGUGCAGUCUACAGUCUCUUGGUGGUUCUGUCAGCCAUGGGAUUAGACCCCCUGCUGAUUUUCUUCUCCUAUGGCCUAAUUGGCAGGGUGUUGCAAGGUUUGGGACCCAGCGAGGAUCGCUGGAAGGCUGCUCAAACCUGUGCUGCCCACCUCUCUGCUGUGCUCCUCUUCUAUGUGCCCAUGAUCCUCCUGGCCCUCAUUGACCGUCUCAGGGUGCCAGUACCUCAGCCUGCCCAUACUCUUCUCUCCUAUGUUCACUUCCUGCUUCCUCCACUGAUGAACCCGAUUCUCUAUAGUGUCAAGAUGAAGGAGAUUAGAGAGAGAAUACUCAAGAGGUUACAGUCCAAGAAGGUGGGUUGGGCUCAAUGA